CCUCUUCCUCCUCCUCCUCUUCUUUUUCUUCCUCUCCUGUCACUUUUGGCUAAAAUAGUUCUUCAUCUGAAAAUCCUUUCCCUGGGAACAGCAGCAUCUCCUGUAAUUAUGGCAAUCCCACUCAAUGUAUUAUCUUGUUUCUGGUCUUAAAAUAUUGAAAGAUGGAUACUCAUGGCUUGUAUGGUCUCUUACUUUCCCUUGGCCUUUUUACCCCCCGUAACUUACCAAAUGAUAGCUAAUAGAGGAGGAAACCAGCAGGGACCAGCAGGAACUUGAGAGGUUCGGUCCUGAUGCCAAAGGGAUUCUGUCAGCAUGGAUGGCACGGGACACCGCAGGUUAAGGCAACAACUGAACCUCUUUCUUGUUUAAGGCUUUCCUACUCAGUGAGACAGCAAGAGCUCAGGUUUAUCUGACAGUCAGCCUCAGUAGGAUCCCCAAGCACUUCACAACUACAAUUUUUAACUUGGUUGAUUUCCUCCAAUGAGCUCCAAUCCUUUGCAGAGAAUAUAUUACCUACAGCACUCAAACUUUAUAAAGAUGAAGCUAAGAGGAGGACAGGGGAACAGUGGGAAGAAUAAAGCCACUGGUUACUGCUCUCAUCUGCUGUGUACUGAAUCUAUUGGACACAGAGACAAAUCUACCGCUGGUUUCUCAUCCUUGUAGAGGAUUCACCAUGGUUUUUUUUUUUUUUUUGAGUAAUGGGAUCUCCUCCUAAUGUCACAACAUGAUUUGACUUACGAAAGUUUGAUCAGUGUGCAACUUUUCGUCUUUAUUCCUAAUUGAAUCAGCUCAAUAGGCAAUCAGCCAGUAUUUCACAAUAGUGGCAAAUAGACAUUGAUGACCUUCAUGCGUCACCUAGAGAGGGGAUACAAGAAAGUUCCCUUGGUGAAGCAUCUCAAGGGAGUCUGGGUCUGUCUGACCCAUACCUAGUCUGGGUUGCAGUACCAGGCUUUCCCACCACCUGCUGAACGAAUCAUCUAUGGCAAAAUUUGAAUCUUGAGUCACCCUUUAAGCUCUCCGAUGCCUGGAUGUCUCACCCCUGCCAGGAUGAGUCGAUGCCCAGGCAUGGCAUCCCAUUUGACUGCUGGACCACAAGACAUGAUUAGGAAAGUGUAGUUUGAAUGUGAAAUGUUCCCAGAGUGUGUUUGAACACUUGGUUGCUAGCUGAUGAUGUUGUUUUGGAAGCUCACGUGACUUUUAGGAGGUGGAGCCUCACUGGAAAAUGGAGAGGCCCCAGCCCCAGCCCCACCUCCUAUCCUCCAGUUUCCUGAGUUGGAAUGCACUGGCCUACUGCUUCACGCUCUGUGGGUUGCCUCCUCCUCAACUAUGAGCCAUAACAAACCCUUUGUUCCUAACGUUGCUUACUGUCAUUUAUUUGGUCACAGUAACAAGGCAAGGAACUAAUACAGAAGAUGAUGAUUUUCGCCCCCAAAGAAAACGCGUGUUUCUGCAAAUGCCCGUGCAUUUGGAUGCCAGACGACUGACUCUGUAUACCUUGCUUCGGGACUCACUGGAACCUACACAUUUUGGGGGUGGAUAUGGGAGGCUGGCAGGAGCUGGACAGCUAUCUAGGCCAGUGUGCCCCGAGAAGGCUCGACCAAGAUGACACAACUCUCAAACUGGUAAUGUUGGUGCCACGGCUUGCAGUGAAUAGAGUUCUGAUGUGUUUACUGGGUUUCUAGGAGACAGGCAGAAGGGGGCACGUGCUGUGAGGAAGAGCCCGAGGCUCUCAGGAUUUGUGGCUUACCCAGGAUUCUACGGAGAUAAGUGGUAAAGUCAGAGGAUAUGAACUGAGUAGAAUCUGAGGGUGUCACGGUCUGGGACAGUCUUUUGGCAGCACAGUCCCUGUGGCCAAGAUCCAAAGCUUCCAGAGGCCAGAAUGCUGCUGUCUGAACCUCACAGAGGAGUAGGCAAAUCAUGGCAGUGACGGCUAGUCACUUGGGCUUCUCUAUUAUUUUUCCAGCAUGCUGUGAUGAGUCUUUGGGGUUGGGGGUUGGCAAAGAUCACAGUGCAAAGGCAUCAGAGGCGAGAUUGUGGGGCCCAUGAAUGGUGGUUGGUGGAGUUGGUUUUCAUAUCAUUUGGGUGUGCCGUUGCCUAUGUUUGCUCUAGAAUGGCCUGGCUUCCCUGUCUAGAACUCUCAUUCAUUUUAUCUGGCUGCGAUGACAUCCACUCCUCAGUUGGAUCUGUCAAGGUCCAGCCAUGCCUGAGGAAGUAACCGGUACACUUGAUAGUCACCACUGGGUUGAGCUGGGAGCACAUGGUACUGAAAGAAGCUUGUCAAAAUUUCAAAACCCUGUCUUACGGAGCCCUGGGAUGCGGAUUAAGUCAUUUGCAAAUUGUAUUUGAGGGAAAGGGGGUGUGGGGUUGUGGAAACUAUAGAUUUUUGUUUCCACAUUUAAAAAAGAGUCUACCUGGCAGAUGGAAUGGACAUUUUGGACACCAGGUGACCAUGAGAGGUUUAACGAGGAUUUCAGCAUCAAAUUGAAGAUUGGCCCUGUCACCCUUAGGACCCUUAGGGUGUGACGGUUUAGUUAGCCUUUGGUCCCAUUCUCACAUGGAGGACACUUCUGUCUCAUUGUGGUCUCAUUAAUAACCAUUAAGAAGAGCUUAAAUUGAGACAGUCACCUGCCUAAUUAAAGCCAUGACCCUAUUGGGCUCCAGUUGCUUGGGGGAAGUCAGGCAGAUCUUAUUUUGUGAUAUAGCCCAGACUCUCUGGGGGCGUCCUUUCUCCUCAUGGCUGUGGAUGUGUGGUGGGCGGGAGAAGCAGCUGCUAGAUCUUAGCUGAGUGCGCCUGUGUGAGUCUGAGUUGGUGAGACGCACUCAUGAACACAGGCAAAGCCCGAACGUUCCACUCAUAGCCUCUUGGCUCAGCUGCAGGCAAGACUGUGUUCGCAUUUAACUCUCAUUAGUCUGGAUAAGCAGACACACUUCCCCUGCAGGGCUUAUGGAAGCUACUGGGGUCACAGGGCAUCGGGAUGCUGCAGACAAGCUAAGAGGCUCCCCAUCAGCCCCUCUUUAGACGUAUAUAUUCUUCUCACUUGUGGCUGGUCAGCUCCUAGAGGACUGAGAUGAUGGUGCUCAUUUAGCCUACAGAAUGACAAAUUGUGAAAGAACCCAGGCUAAUCCAGGCUUAACUUUUCAUCCACUGGAGUCUACUGUCUUCUUUGUAUGCACGUAGCACUCCUGUGCUGGCCUCAGGGGGUGCCAUGCAUGAGUCCAGUGUGUAGCCACGCUUGGGAAUAUGUCACUGGUAUGACCUCUUUAGGCGAGAGGUGCUCUCCUCUGAACCUCUACCCUAGGGUGACAGGCAUCAGCUACAGCCGGUUUUGUUCCUCUCCUCCGAUGUCUGAGGUGGGCUGGCAUCCACGGUGAAUCUCCCCUGCUCUGGGGAGCUCUCGCCCCUGGAACCCUCAGAAUGCCUUGUGCAUGAGUUCACCUACUUGCCCAGCAUUUCACUGUCUGCCUCAGGAUUUACCCACCUGUUUUACACAAAUAUUUUCAAAAAUCUUAUUUGAAUUCCACCCACACCAGGAGCCUAGUGGCUUCCCGUGGGGGAUAGACUCUGCCUUUUGUCCCCUCGAGUGUCCUUCACACCAGAUGGCAGAUCUUCUCUUGACUCCUGCCCCCCUUUAACUAUCCAUGCCUCAGCCGGUUUUCUCUUUCCCUUUAGAGGCACUGCAGAAGAACUGCUCAUCCAGCCCUUUUACUUCCUCUCCCCUCUUUCCUAUCAAUAGCACUCAGAAUCAAACUCGAUGGUCAGGCUGGGAGGCAAGCACACUUAGUGCUCCCUCUCCAGUGUUUCUCAAUCUCUGGAUGCUGCUGUUCCUCAUCCUCUGGUGCUGGGUGUCUCCCGUAUCCACCCCACUUCUGUGGCGAUUUUAUGUACUUCUAUGUUGAUGAUCUCCCCUCUUCAGCUCUGAACCCAUCCUGUAGCUCAUCCACACAGCUAUCUACCUGUCAUCUUCACACGGGUGACACUACAGACUCAGAUAUGGCGUGUCUGUGGUUGAGAUCUUGACUGUCACCCUCCUGGCCUGCUCUUACUAUUGCAUCUCCAGUCAUGAGCAUUAAUGAGAGGGAUGGCAAGAUGGCUUGGUGGGCAAGAGUGCUUGCUGUACAAGCAUGGGAACUUGUUGAGUUCAAACCCUCAACAUCCAUAUAAAAACCUCCGCAUGGUUACAUGUACCCAUAACCCCCCGCAUGGUGGAACAGGUGGCUCCUGGGAGAUUGCCUAGCCAGAAAACUGAGUUCUUGGUUUAGUGAGGGACCCUGUCACAGGCAUACAGUAGAGCAGUGAUAUAGGAGGGCUCUGGCCUCCACCUGAACACUCAAGUGUAUAUACACAUAUUAAAAAAAUAUAAACAUAGACCAUGCUCCCUUACUCUGUCAUAUCUGUUUGAAAUUGGGCUCCAAAUCAACCUCUGACCCUGCCCCCCUUGCCGUCAAGUUCUGUUGGUUUAACUUUCCAAGUUCAGCCAUUAUGACUCAAAAAUUCCCUGCCAGCUCGGGCACCCCUUCCCAGUUCUGAGCCACACCGACUCUCUCCCACAGAGCUGCUGCCGUUUUCUUCUUGUUUCCUGACUCACCUGUUGUUUUAUGUCACCUGUUGAUCUACAAUCUGACAGCAAGAGCAACUCUUUUAAAAUAGAGGUUGGGUCAUGUCAGGUCACUGCUCUUUCCCUCAUUGGAGCAAAGGACGGAGUCUCUCAACGGCCCUCAAGGUUCUCCCUGGCUUGUCACCCUUCUGUUUAUUUAUGACUUCAUUUCUGACAGCCUGCCUGCUGCUCAUGGCAUGCCAGCCCAGACCACAAGCACCUUUCCUUUCCCCCAAACAUACUGAGCAUGUGCACUCUGAGCAUACAGAGCGCAGAGCACUCUGGGUAGUGGCAUAGUUCAUUCAUUCAAGACAGUCACACCGUGAGGAGCUUCAGAGCUGAGAACCUUUGGGAGGCACAGACUAGAGGCCCUACUUGGUGCAGAAGCAUUGGCAAGAACUCCUUCAUCACCUAGAAUAGUACGCUGACGCAAUAGGCUGACCCGAGGUCACUGUUCUCUAAGCUCUGCUUUCCAGUCAAACCCAGGUCUUGGGUCUCCUCUAGAUCCUGCACUGAGGAACCCUAAGCCAGCAGCUGCUAUCUUGGAUGACCCCAUGGAGUGCAGCAGAGGGGAACGGCUCUCCAUCACCCUGGCCAAGAACCGCAUCAACCGCGCACCAGAGAGGCUGGGCAAGGCCAAAGUCGAAGUGGACAUCUUUGAGCUUCUCAGAGACAGCGAGUACGAAACUGCAGAAACCAUGUGUCAGAUCCUCCCCAAGGGAGUGGUCGCUGUCCUGGGACCGUCGUCCAGCCCAGCCUCCAGCUCCAUCAUCAGCAACAUCUGUGGAGAGAAGGAGGUCCCUCAUUUCAAAGUGGCCCCAGAGGAGUUUGUCAGGUUCCAACUCCAGAGAUUCACCACCCUGAACCUUCACCCCAGCAACACCGACAUCAGCGUGGCUGUGGCUGGGAUCCUGAACUUCUUCAACUGCACCACCGCCUGCCUCAUCUGUGCCAAAGCAGAAUGCCUUUUAAACCUGGAGAAGCUGCUCCGGCAAUUCCUUAUCUCCAAGGACACACUGUCGGUCCGGAUGCUGGAUGACACACGGGACCCCACUCCGCUCCUCAAGGAGAUCCGGGAUGACAAGACAGCUACUAUCAUCAUCCAUGCCAACGCCUCCAUGUCGCACACCAUCCUCCUGAAGGCAGCUGAACUGGGGAUGGUGUCAGCCUAUUACACCUACAUCUUCACCAAUCUGGAGUUCUCCCUCCAGAGAAUGGACAGCCUUGUGGAUGAUAGAGUCAACAUCUUAGGAUUUUCCAUUUUCAACCAAUCCCAUGCUUUCUUCCAAGAGUUCUCCCAGAGCCUCAACCAAUCCUGGCAGGAGAACUGUGACCACGUGCCCUUCACCGGCCCUGCGUUGUCCUCAGCCCUACUGUUUGACGCUGUCUACGCUGUGGUGACAGCGGUACAGGAACUGAACCGGAGCCAGGAAAUUGGCGUGAAGCCCCUGUCCUGUGGCUCGGCCCAGAUCUGGCAGCAUGGCACCAGCCUCAUGAACUACCUGCGCAUGGUAGAAUUGGAAGGUCUUACCGGCCACAUUGAAUUCAACAGCAAAGGCCAGAGGUCCAACUAUGCCUUGAAAAUCUUACAGUUCACCAGGAAUGGGUUUCGGCAGAUUGGCCAGUGGCAUGUGGCAGAGGGCCUCAGCAUGGACAGCCGCCUCUACGCCUCCAACAUCUCUGACAGUCUCUUCAACACCACCCUGGUCGUCACCACCAUCCUGGAAAACCCAUACCUAAUGCUGAAGGGGAACCACCAGGACAUGGAAGGCAAUGACCGGUACGAGGGAUUCUGCGUGGACAUGCUCAAGGAGUUGGCUGAGAUCCUACGGUUCAACUACAAGAUCCGCCUCGUUGGGGAUGGUGUUUACGGCGUACCUGAGGCCAACGGCACCUGGACGGGCAUGGUUGGGGAGCUGAUCGCUCGGAAAGCAGAUCUGGCUGUGGCGGGCCUCACCAUCACAGCUGAACGUGAGAAAGUGAUUGAUUUCUCCAAGCCGUUCAUGACGCUGGGAAUUAGUAUUCUUUACAGAGUUCAUAUGGGACGCAGACCGGGCUAUUUCUCCUUUCUGGACCCCUUUUCUCCAGGAGUCUGGCUCUUCAUGCUUCUAGCUUAUCUGGCUGUCAGCUGUGUCCUCUUCCUGGUGGCUCGGUUAACUCCUUAUGAGUGGUACAGUCCACAUCCUUGUGCACAGGGCCGGUGUAAUCUCCUGGUCAACCAGUACUCUCUGGGCAACAGCCUCUGGUUUCCAGUGGGAGGCUUCAUGCAGCAAGGCUCCACCAUCGCCCCGCGGGCUUUGUCCACACGCUGCGUCAGUGGUGUCUGGUGGGCCUUCACGUUGAUCAUCAUCUCAUCGUACACAGCCAACCUGGCAGCCUUCCUGACGGUGCAGCGCAUGGAAGUGCCCAUCGAGUCUGUGGAUGACCUGGCUGACCAGACCGCCAUUGAGUAUGGCACGAUUCACGGAGGCUCCAGCAUGACCUUCUUCCAAAAUUCCCGCUACCAGACCUACCAGCGCAUGUGGAAUUACAUGUACUCCAAGCAGCCCAGUGUGUUUGUGAAGAGCACAGAGGAGGGAAUUGCCAGGGUGUUGAAUUCCAACUACGCCUUCCUGCUGGAGUCCACCAUGAACGAGUACUACCGGCAGAGGAACUGCAACCUCACUCAGAUUGGGGGCCUGCUGGACACCAAGGGCUAUGGGAUUGGCAUGCCAGUCGGCUCAGUGUUCCGGGAUGAGUUCGACCUGGCCAUUCUCCAGCUGCAGGAGAACAACCGCCUGGAGAUUCUGAAGCGGAAGUGGUGGGAAGGGGGAAAAUGUCCCAAGGAGGAGGACCACAGAGCCAAAGGCCUGGGAAUGGAGAAUAUUGGUGGAAUCUUUGUGGUUCUUAUUUGUGGCUUAAUAGUGGCCAUUUUUAUGGCUAUGCUGGAGUUUUUAUGGACUCUCAGACACUCAGAAGCAUCAGAGGUGUCUGUGUGUCAGGAGAUGAUGACUGAGCUGCGCAGCAUCAUCCUGUGCCAGGACAAUAUCCAUCCCCGGAGGCGGCGCUCUGGAGGCCUGCCACCCCAGCCCCCGGUCCUGGAGGAGCGCCGGCCCAGGGGUACAGCGACGCUCAGCAAUGGCAAGCUAUGUGGCGCCGGGGAGCCGGACCAACUGGCGCAGAGACUGGCUCAGGAGGCCGCCCUGGUGGCCCGAGGCUGCACGCACAUCCGCGUGUGCCCGGAGUGCCGGCGCUUCCAGGGCCUGCGGGCUCGACCGUCGCCAGCGCGCAGCGAGGAGAGCCUGGAGUGGGACAAGACCACCAACAGCAGCGAGCCUGAGUAGUGGCGGCGAAGGACCGUGGAGCCAGGCGGGGAGGCGGGAGGGCUAAUGUUACAACCUCCUUCUCUCCGGAUUGAAGAUUCAGUGACUUUACAAAGCGACGAGAGCCUGAUGCCCCAGCAGGGGGCGGAUCCCGCCCUAUCUGAGACUUGCAAACACGUGGCAGAGACAUUGUCCCUCUUGGGCACAAGGACCCAUCUCCUCCCAGAGGGUCUUUCCCUCACAUUCAAAAACAUGGAUUCUGGGUAGUGGGGCCCUGCUGAGAGAGCAGUCCAAGAAAUUGAUGGUGUCAUCAGUUGGAUUACCCCCUAGGAAGGGGCCAUUGUACCCUGGGUCUAGUUCUUACAGGAAAAAAAAAUUAAACUCAACAGGGAAGUUUUUUUUCUGAA